UUGGAUGAGGAGUUCCAUCCUCAUCUACUGGAGUAGUUUCUACUAAAGGACAGUUGCACGUAUAUAUAUAUAUACACACUCAACUUUAGAGUGAAGGAUGAGGGCAUUUUAGAAAUGAAGGUCACUGAAAGAGCAGGUCCGGAAUUGAUGGUCUCCUGGACGCCUCUGGCUUGAGACUCCUGUUUGCUUUCUUCCUUUGGAAGGCCUGUGUUCUCUCCCUUCUUGUCUCUCCUGCAUCUCUACUUUUCCCUCUGAAUGAGGCAGGAUUAAUGAAAUCAUGUAAUCUGGAGCCAGCCUGACGUUUGGAUGCAAAGACCAAACUCUGUAGUUGCUAAUAGUGUUGAUGUUCUAUAAACGUACCUACCUGUUGAACGUGAGCUCUAAGGAAGAGCCUGUUGUAUCUCCAGAUGAAAUGGCCACUGCUUGAUGUCCAGGCGGGGACCCUCCAGAGCAGACAAGCCCUCAAGGAUGCCCGCUCUCCGUCGCCGGCACACAUUGUCCAGUGCCCCCUCCCUUGCUGCACUCAGGGACAUGACUGUCAGCACUUCUACCCCCCCUCAGACUUCACUGUCAGCACUCAAGUCUUCAGGGACAUGAAAAGGAGCCACUCCUUACACAAGGUUGGGGAGCCCUGGUGUUUGGAGUCGAACAAAGUGCCAGUCGUGCAGCAUCCUCACCAUGUUCACCCUCUCACGCCGCUCAUCACGUACAGCAAUGAGCACUUCACCCCGGGAAACCCACCUCCACACUUACCAGCUGACGUAGACCCCAAAACAGGAAUCCCACGGCCUCCGCACCCUCCAGAUAUAUCUCCGUAUUACCCACUGUCGCCCGGCACCGUAGGACAAAUCCCCCAUCCGCUAGGAUGGUUAGUACCACAGCAAGGCCAACCAGUGUACCCAAUCACGACAGGAGGAUUCCGCCACCCCUACCCCACAGCUCUGACCGUCAACGCUUCCAUGUCCAGCUUCCUGUCUUCCAGGUUCCCUCCCCAUAUGGUCCCACCACAUCACACUCUACAUACGACUGGCAUCCCCCACCCGGCCAUAGUCACGCCAACAGUCAAACAGGAAUCCUCCCAGAGUGAUGUCGGCUCACUCCAUAGCUCAAAGCAUCAGGACUCCAAAAAGGAAGAAGAAAAGAAGAAGCCCCACAUAAAGAAACCUCUUAACGCAUUCAUGUUGUAUAUGAAGGAGAUGAGGGCGAAGGUUGUGGCUGAGUGCACAUUGAAAGAAAGUGCGGCCAUCAAUCAGAUCCUGGGGCGAAGGUGGCACGCACUGUCCAGAGAAGAGCAAGCGAAGUACUACGAGCUGGCCCGGAAGGAGCGACAGCUUCACAUGCAGCUGUACCCCGGCUGGUCUGCGCGGGAUAACUAUGGGAAGAAGAAGAAGAGGAAAAGGGACAAGCAGCCCGGAGAGACCAAUGAACACAGCGAAUGUUUCCUAAAUCCUUGCCUUUCACUUCCUCCGAUUACAGACCUGAGCGCUCCUAAGAAAUGCCGAGCGCGCUUUGGCCUUGAUCAACAGAAUAACUGGUGCGGCCCUUGCAGGAGAAAAAAAAAGUGCGUUCGCUACAUACAAGGUGAAGGCAGCUGCCUCAGUCCACCCUCUUCAGAUGGAAGCUUACUAGACUCGCCUCCUCCCUCCCCCAACCUGCUAGGCUCCCCCCCCCAAGACGCCAAGUCACAGACUGAGCAGACCCAGCCUCUCUCGCUGACCCUGAAGCCCGACCCCCUGGCCCACCUGUCCAUGAUGCCUCCGCCGCCCGCCCUCCUGCUUGCCGAGGCCGCCCCCGGCAAGGCCCCCGCCCUCUGUCCCAACGGGGCCCUGGACCUGCCUCCCGCCGCUUUGCAGCCGCCCGUCAUGUCCUCGUCCUCUCUUGCACAGCCGUCAACAUCUUCCUUACAUUCCCACAGCUCUCUGGCCGGGACCCAGCCCCAGCCGCUGUCCCUCGUGACCAAGUCUUUAGAAUAGCUUUAGCUUCGUUAGCAGCUCCCCCACCCCCCCGCCCGUUGGUUUGCGUAGUGUUGCGUUUUUUUCGCUUUUC